UUCUGAUUGUGGACCAGAACAUCCACAUCACCAACAAGGACCUGUACGGGCAACUGCCGAGGCUCAGCAAGAAGGUAACAGCUAGGAGGAUGAGGCUGGCCGGCCACUGCCACAGACAUCGGGAUCUCCCGGCCAGCAGGCUGGUCCUAUGGGAACCAACGCACGGGCAUCGAUCGCGAGGACGUCCCGCGCUAACGUACGUGGACAUCCUGAAGAAAGAUGUUGGAGCUGAAAGCUCUACGGAGCUGGAGAACCGGACUGAUUGGAGACUCCGAUGGAAGCUCAUUUGAGGACGACUGAGAGAGAGCCUUGCCAUCCACGGCUGGAAGAACCCAACAGACAAUCUUCUCAUGCUUCACAUACACCCAGCAGAAGGCGGGCUGCUUAAUUGCUUCAAGUGGACCCUGGCUUAAUGAGACCUUCAUCUGCCGCUGAUCCCAUGGGCAUACCAGAUGGUUUGGACGAGAACUUUGCAAGCCUGUUGAUCUGGCGUUCGGGCCAGAUGGCAAACCCGGUUUGGAUUAUUAUGGCAGACUGCAAGACCGACUUCGCACAGUGGUUCUCCUUGCGGCCCGUCCGGGCUACCCUUGUUGGAUUUCAGACCUUCCCCUUGUUGUCCCCUUCUUGCUUCAGCCUGGCAGAGGUAUCAGAUGGAGCUGGAGCAGCAGGGGAUGCCUCCAAACCACCGCGAGAUAGGCUAAUAGACCAUUUAUGCAUAGCUGGAUCCAGUUCAACCAUGAGGAUUCUCUCUGCUCAGUGGAUUCUUCUGGCUAUUGUCAUGGUUGCACUCACUGUUGAGGCCAAGACUACAGCCAAGCCCAAGUACCAGUAUACCAAGAAGCCUCCGGCCCCCGGUACACCCAAGCCCAAGCCAGGCUCAGACAACAACAACAACAACCCUGCGGAGCCUCACCCGCUACUCAGCCCAGCGAGAACCACCAACCCAAGUGGUGUUUUUCCUCGGGACGCACGCACAGAGCCCCCUGCUGUGGGUGCCGAGAACUACACCUUGGAUUACAGCGAGUGCUAUUUCAAUUUCUGCGACUGCUGCCCACCUGAGAGAGGCCCCCAGGGGCCAAAGGGCGACAAGGGCCUGGCAGGGCCACCAGGGGAAAGAGGCCUUACAGGAUCAGCUGGUACACCUGGACCACCAGGUGUGACUGGACCAAAGGGGGUCAAAGGGGACAAAGGGGAUAAGGGUGACCGGGGGAACACCGGCCCAGGAGGACACCCUGGAGCUCACGGGAAACCAGGGCAGAAAGGUGAUGCUGCCCCAAAAGGAGAGAAAGGUGAGAAGGGGACACAAGGAGUUAAAGGUGUUGCCGGGCAGAAAGGCGACGCUGGUCAGAACGGGACUGCUGGUGGGAAAGGAGAACCGGGAAAAGAGGGGCCAGCUGGACCCCCAGGAGUGACUCUGGGGCUGGGUCUUAAAGGAGAUAAAGGGGAUAGGGGGGAAUGUGGCACAUUCGGGGAGAGGGGGCCAAAAGGUGAUCGAGGAGACACAGGGUCUCCGGGAAUCCCAGGAGCAAUGGGAAUCCCUGGAAUGAACGGCAAGCACGGGGCACCGGGUCCUAUAGGAGUCAGCGGGGAUCCUGGACCUCCUGGAGCACAGGGAGAAACUGGGGUGAGAGGGUCUCAGGGAGCUGAAGGUGUAAGAGGGAUGCAAGGCUCCAAGGGGGAUCGAGGUUAUCCCGGAAUGAGAGGGGACCGGGGGAUGCGGGGCUUCAAAGGAGCUAAAGGGUCCGGUCUUCCCCAAAAGCGCUCAGCCUUCAGCGUUGGAAUCUCUCCCAGAAAGUCCUUCCCUCCGUCCGGCUUCCCCGUCCGCUUUGACAAAGUCUUCUACAACGAGGAGAACCACUUCAACGUUACCAGCAACAGCUUCAUGUGUGUCCACGCCGGCGUCUACGUCUUCUCCUUCCACAUCACCGUGCGCAACCAGCCCCUACGCGCCACGCUGGUGGUCAACGGCUCGCGGCGGGUACGGACACGGGACUCGCUGUACGGACAAGACAUCGACCAGGCGUCCACUCUGGUGGUGCUGAGGUUGGCGGCGGGUGACCGGGUGUGGAUGGAGACCCUCAGGGAUUGGAACGGGGUGUACGCCAGCAGUGAGGACGACAGCAUCUUCUCGGGAUUUCUACUUUACUAACCCUGACGCUGAGCCCGUGUACUCAUGAACUCUUACACAUCUUGUAUUUUGUGUCAAGUCAAGGACUACUGGACAUGGUUCUCAAUUAAAAAAUGUUUAAAAGUCAAAUAUGAUGUCCUAGUUCAUGCAUCUGUAAGGAACCGCCUCAAGGAUUGGCCCAGGGAGCAUUAUUACUGGUGGCUC